UUUCCAAAAACAGAAAAAAAAAAAAAAAAAACACAAAACAAACACUAAGAAAAAUGGGAAGAGGAAGAGUUCAAUUGAGGAGGAUUGAAAAUAAGAUAAAUAGGCAAGUGACUUUUUCGAAGAGGCGAUCUGGUUUGUUGAAGAAAGCUCAUGAGAUCUCUGUCCUUUGUGAUGCUGAAGUUGGCUUGAUUGUUUUUUCUUCUAAAGGGAAACUAUUUGAGUAUUCUACUGACUCUUGCAUGGAAAGGAUUCUUGAGAGGUAUGAAAGGUACUCAUAUGCUGAGAGGCAGCUUAAUGCAACUGAUGUCGAAACCCCGGGGAGUUGGACUUUGGAACAUGCUAAGCUUAAGGCCAGGCUUGAGGUUUUGCAAAGAAACCAAAGGCAUUAUGCGGGAGAAGACUUGGACUCAUUGAGUAUGAAAGAGCUUCAGAAUCUGGAGCAGCAACUCGAUUCUGCUCUUAAGCACAUUCGAUCAAGAAAGAACCAAUUGAUGCAUGAAUCCAUUUCUGAGCUGCAAAAGAAGGACAAGGCAUUGCAAGAACAAAACAACAAUCUUUCAAAGCAGAUGAAGGAAAGGGAGAAACAGCUGGCCCAGCAGCAUACUCCGUGGGAGCAACAGAACCAUGACCAUCUCAACUCAUCUUCAUUUGGUCUGCCACAUCCCUUUAACAACAAUCACCUAGGGGAAGUAUAUCCAACUGCAGGAGACAAUGGAGAAGUUGAAGGAUCAUCGCGGCAGCAACAACAAAACGCUGCUGUGAUGCCGCCAUGGAUGCUUCGCCAUCUCAACGGAUAAAACUUAUCAAGUAUAAGCAAGGGGACAAUACUAAUAUGCUAUGUUUUGUUAUCUACUAAUUAGAUAGAAUAUGUAUAUGUAUGUUACGUAUUAGACAAAACACAACUUUCAUAUCUAAUUAAUUGCGUAUACAUAUGGCUGCUGUGUCGCUGUUAAC